CCCAGUCACGGAGCCAACUGUCAGUAAUGAAAAUUUAAGCAACUUUGGCAAACACAAAUAUGAAAUUAACCAUUUUGUUUAUCGUGAUGCAGUUGUUGACGCUGCAGGUUAUCCAAGGGAACGACCUUUGGCAGAAGCAGCAGGAGGAGAAGGUGGAGCGGCGUCAGGAGAUGGCUCUGUACCAAGAGGGGGAGCUCCAAGAGUUGGCUCAUCCAUUGCUGACACCAUGCAUGCGGCAAUGCGUUAAGGACAUGAUUCCAACCACAGAUCGGUCAGAGGAAUGCCAACGCUACGAGCGAGAGUUCGACUGUUCGCUUCACUGCGUGUUCAAAGUGCCGAUUUAUUGAGACAUAUCGUGACUGUCGACAAAGCGGAGGCAGCAGCAGGCGCAAAUAUUUGCCAUUUACCCGGAUCGUUGGGGUUGCUUUUUUUUUUGGCAAAAAGUGCAACAGCAGCGGCAGCGACAGCAUAUCCAUAUGCCAAAGGUCCUGGUAAGGAUCGAAGGCCAUUAAUCAUCGCCACAUGCGACGACGACGACGACGACGACGAGAGUGUAUGACCUUUGCGAUGACAUGUGAGUUAAUUAAUCUAACUGCCCAGACACAACGAAGGUCACCAGGCAUAGCAAUUAAACAUGGCAGCUGAUGAUGAAGGGAAUCCGAAUCCUCUCCACCGACACCACCGCCGCCUCCUUCCGCCAUUUACCUUGGCCAGACGCAUAAAUUUCAAUUUGCAAUGCCAUGAGCCCUGGAUGCCCCCCCAUCUAUGCAUUUAAAUUGAUGGCCGUUGUGUGCUGCUGCAUAUGCGAAAAGUUGUUCGCGCCACGCCCCAAUGCGCAAUUAGCGGACCGCGGCCCAUAAAUAAUUUCCACCGAAAGCCAGCGGGAAAUGGAAAACGUAAGGCGGAAAUGAUUGCCCAGAAGGGCGAAUAAACAGAUGAGCGUCCCUGGCAUUGGGCUUAAAUAUUCACAGCGCGACUAUAGUGUGUGACAAUUGAAUGGAAGUCGGUGAAAAUGCAGUUAAGAGGAGACAUCCAAUCCGCAGGAUUCAAAAUCCAUCACGUGACGUUAGCCGGCAUCACGUUCAGUCCUUGUACACGCGGCGUAUGCUUAAUAUAUUUUGGCUUUGAACAACUGAGCCAGAUCUGGGGAAAUUCUAUGAAUUUUAAGCAUUCCAUUUGCCUGGGAUAAAUCCGGCUUUCUAUAGUUUUGGGCUAAUAAAUCGCGGCGGCGGCUUUUGUCUGUG